AUGGCAUUCCCUCGAGCUCUCCUCCUCUUCGCCCUGUUGGGCUCGGCAGCAUUUGUCAGGGCUGCACCUACCGGCUCCUCCUGCGAGGUCCACCUCCACCAAUGGGGUGCGAUCAACUUCAACGGCAGUCCCCUCGCACGCGGCUCUGACGGCGAUGUUGUAAUCGGCGGCAACCCGAUCAACUUUGCCAACGCCGUCUGCUCGCAGCAGUCAUUUGGCAAGUACGAGAAGCAGUCGAAGGGCUAUCUCGUCGAUGCCAACGACCCCACUCAGUGUCUCACCGUCAGCAAUCUCGAUCAGGCCAACGCGACGUUCGGCUUCCAGGACUGCCGCUUCAACGGCGCCGGCGACGUGUGGGCGUCGCAGUCCUUUGCGUGGGACUUUGACGACAACGGAGCCUCGCAGAACGCCAACGGCUGGUUCAACGGUGAGAACCCAAAUUAUGUCAACGGCAGUCAGUACGGCAUUUACUCCCUGCGUGCCGAGCGCAGCAAGCCCGAUAUCGACGGUAGGCUGGGCAAGCUGUUUGUCGACUACACCCCUGAGCUCACCGCUCCCUCGACGCCGCUGGCGAUCCCGAUGAACAACGUGCCCGUCACCGCGCCUGCCCAGCAGCCCACGCUCAACUGCGACUCGGUACAGACCGGUACCAUGCGCUUCAGCAACACCACUUCUGCAUCCAAUCAAUACGAUGGCCCGCUCAAUGCCAAGUGGGAGGCCGACAGCUCCACUUCGGACCAGUUCAUCUUCGAGCGCUGCGAUUACUCCCCUGUCGGCAUCGACUCUACGGACUCGACCGUUUACGGUCGCAUCCGUCCAGGCUCCGACGCGACUGACAGUGGCUUCAACUGCUACACCAUGACCGAUCCCUACAACGACGACAGUACUCAUAACGAGCCCGUCGAGCCCGCAUGGAUCAACGGCUUCCAGACCGACACCUGCACCUAUUCCAUCCCGGACUACCCUCGCGACAUCUGGAAGCUCGACACGACCAGCAACGAGAUCGUCUACGUGCCGUUCGGGAACAAGUCCCAGCCCGGCGUCCUCGCUGCCUACACCCAGCUCGACUACGACCGCGAGUACGACGUCACGCAGUACGUGUGGGACCCGAACGGAAUCGGCUUUGCCUACCUCUCGGCGGACAAUGCCAACUUGACAAAGUACCCGCCUGGCCAGGUCACUUUCCAUGCCAGCUCGUGA